UCAGUCGUCAGUGUUGAGUGAAGAUCAAGCAGCAGGCGUUCAAAAAUGGUUAAGGUACGAUUCGUGAUGGUGGCUCUGAUGCUGGCUCUCCUGGUGCUCCCGGAGAGCGAUGGAGCGCCUACACUCCUCACAAAGGCUCAGCUUCACAAGAAAAUCAAACUCGGAGGACUGGUUCUUGGCAAAGGGCUAAAGAAAGAUGGUUUCGGUGGCAAAGGUGUCAUCGAAACCCCGGUCGUGCAACCAGUCGUCUACCAGCCAGUGCUACCAGUCGUAUACCACCCGGUGGCUGUGGCUGCUGUUCCUGUUAUAGAAGAGCCAUCCUUUAAAUCCAAGAAGGCGGGAUUUUUCGACAAAAUUGUUGGAAAAUUGGUAGCCAAAAAGAUUACAGGAUAAGAAAAGUU